AACAUCCUGGAAUACAGAUAUCUCUAACAGAACAUCCUGGAAUACAGAUAUCUCCAACAGAACAUCCUGGAAUACAGAUAUCUCCAACAGAACAUCCUGGAAUACAGAUAUCUCUAACAGAACAUCCUGGAAUACAGAUAUCUCCAACAGAACAUCCUGGAAUACAGAUAUCUCUAACAGAACAUCCUGGAAUACAGAUAUCUCCACAGAACAUCCUGGAAUACAGAUAUCUCCAACAGAACAUCCUGGAAUACAGAUAUCUCCAACAGAACAUCCUGGAAUACAGAUAUCUCCAACAGAACAUCCUGGAAUACAGAUAUCUCCAACAGAACAUCCUGGAAUACAGAUAUCUCUAACAGAACAUCCUGGAAUACAGAUAUCUCCAACAGAACAUCCUGGAAUACAGAUAUCUCCAACAGAACAUCCUGGAAUACAGAUAUCUCUAACAGAACAUCCUGGAAUACAGAUAUCUCUAACAGAACAUCCUGGAAUACAGAUAUCUCUAACAGAACAUCCUGGAAUACAGAUAUCUCCAACAGAACAUCCUGGAAUACAGAUAUCUCCAACAGAACAUCCUGGAAUACAGAUAUCUCCAACAGAACAUCCUGGGAUACAGAUAUCUCCAACAGAACAUCCUGGAAUACAGAUAUCUCCAACAGAACAUCCUGGAAUACAGAUAUCUCCAACAGCACAUCUAACAAUAGCUAUAUUUCAAGCAGAAAAUCUAACAUUACUAACAUCGUUAUGA